GGAUUUUCUAGGUCCUCGAUACUCUCCCUUUGUCAUGUUCUUCUUCUCAUGAUCCUGAAUUAUAGACGACAAUGAACAAUUUUGGGGUCAUUGAGCUCGCCAGCGCAAAGACAACCUCAGCGCCAGGCUGGGCUUAUGUCCCCGACAAUACAAUCAGUCGCCCUACAGCACCAACCAACAGGAAGCGCGCCAGGAAUGUUCCUGGUCUUACAUAUAGCGAUUUGACCGCUCGACAAGAUAAUAAAGUUCGAAAGGAAGCCGAGGCUUUGGAUAAGGAUGGCGGAAAGGAUAACACAAUACCGUUGCCAGUCAAGAGUGGAAGAACGCAAGGAAAACACACACCUAAUGUUCGUAAGAUUUUACAAUCGCAAAAGACAUUCGGAAAUCACUUAGAUGAUUUCCUCGCGAUGCAGGCACUUGCAGAGUCCAACACUGCGAGUUCUCGAUCCACUGCCUCCGGCGCAAACAACAAACGACCAUCGAAUAGUCGAAGAGAUACUCCCUCAUCCUCCAAACCAGCGCAAGAAGAAGACACAACGAUGGCCGACGUCGACGUUCCGCCUGUUCUUCCCGAGUCAUUGAGACCUUUACCACCGAGUCACCCUGGUGACAACGAUCCUUUACUUAUGUCGCGUGUUCCCGAUAUGCCAUCCGAUGAGGAGCUGCGCAAGCUUCUUUCAUACCCUCCCUUAAACUAUGGUGAAGUAACGGGCCACCGAGACAACAAGUACCCCGUUAGAUCGUUCUGUGAGGUCUGCGGGUACUGGGGACGUGUGAGAUGUAUGAAGUGCGGAACAAGAGUCUGCGCACUGGAUUGCUUGGAGGCGCAUAAGGAAGAGUGUGUCACACGCUAUGGACUUUGAAUUCUGUUUGAUUCCGUUCUUGUUUAUGGGCGCGCUUUUCGCAUGAUUUAUGGCAUGUAAACGGUAUGGCAUGGCGUUACGGAUGGCUGGGUUGGAAAAUAGUCUGAUACCCCUGAUUUACCUAGGACGAGAUGAUUAUUGUGAGUGAGUCAAAACCUGCAAUUCCGGAGUUGGACUGAGUCCUUCUGCAUUGUUUAUCAUGAGUUUCCUUGCGUGGUGAUAUAUUGUUCGGUCUGACUCUAUGGCCUGAGUGUCGUGUGAGUGAGCUGAAGGGGACAACAAGAGACUGAUUCUUGGUUUCCGGCAUAUGACUAUUGUUUAAUAGGGAGCAAAUUUAUUGAGACAUGCCAAGAUAGAGGAAGUACAUGUUUUAAAUUGAGACUGGAUAGGUGAUAGAUCAAUGGCAUCCUAUUUGAUAUUAAGG